AUGAAUCUGGGCCAGGUGCUGGAAAGUCAUCUGGGCUGGGCCGCGCGCAACCUGGACUUUCAGGCGUUGACGCCGGUAUUCGAGGGCGCUGACGACGAUAACAUCGAAGACUCGCUGGCCAGGUGGUGGUUCGGCCAACAGGCCAAAGCCUCCGAACCCGGGUCGGAAUACAGCGACACCAUCGACAUGGGAAAGGUGUACGCCUGGCUACGCAGUCAGGGGUUCGAUCCCGAGCCGCUGUAUGACGAAGCAAACCUGGGAAAGGCCAGAGGGGCGUGCCUGUACCUGUGGCUGCGGGACGUGGCGGGCGAAAACCCUGACGGGAUGUCGCUUUCUGAAAUGCACCUGUUGGCGAUGGAGGUCCAUCGGCAGCGAUUGAUAGCGCCUCCAACGUUUGCCAAAUUCCAGCAAUUCGACGGGCGCUCCGGCGAACCGUUUGACCAACCGGUGGCUGUGGGCAGUAUCUACAUGUUGAAGCUCAUUCACUUGGUGGAAGACAAGAUUCAUGCUCGCUCCACGGGACCGUAUUCGAUGAUUACGCAACAACCGCUGGGCGGUAAGGCGCAAUCCGGCGGGCAACGGUUCGGGGAGAUGGAAGUCUGGGCCCUGGAAGCAUAUUCGGCGGCCCACAAUCUGCAGGAGGUUCUUACCAUCAAAUCUGACGAUGUUGCCGGGCGGGUUAACACCUACGAAUCCAUCGUCAAGGGUCAUGCGAUCAGUCAGCCUGGCGUGCCGGAAUCGUUCAACGUGUUGUUGAAGGAAUUGCAGAGCCUGGGUUUGAACGUACAACUCGAGGAAGAAGAGGUGCAGGAAGAUCCGAGUCUGGGGCUACCGGGCGAAGAUGACUUCCUGUUCUCCAUGGAGGCGAAUUAA